AUGAGCCUUGAAGCCGAUGGGUUGCGCCAAAGGCGAACGGGUGUAAAACGAUUAGUUGAAGACCUAGACAUUUUUGAAAAAGUUACUGAUAAUGUGAAGGAAGAGAAGAAACUAUCAUCCGGUCUAAUUUCUAUUAUAUGUUUUUCGAUUAUAUUCUGUCUUGUUAUUGGCGAACUUGCACACUAUAUUUCGGGCAACAGAGAGUACGAGUACCGUUUUGACGUGGACACAGCUCUCUACGAUCUUCCCAACCUGGAUAUGGAUAUGGUUGUAGCAACGCCUUGUAAUAAUCUUGCAGUCAUGAGUAGUAUGGAUGAAAGCGGUGGAAUAUUUGCUCCCUUGCAGCAGAGCAUUCAGAAAGAUCCCACCAGAAAGGAGCAAUGUGCACAAGAAAAAUAUAGCUGUUAUAAUCGUUGCUUUAUAUUCGAUAUCGGGGGUGAAACGCCCGAUUUCGACAGGAGAUUGAUACAUCCCAUCCUUGGUUAUGGUUUGUGUUCCUGGAUGCUAUUUGAAUUCACAGACGAGGAGCAAAUGUACUGGACAGUUCUGCGUCAUGCACAUGCCGCAAUCAACCAUGGUGGUCUCAGAGGGCUUGAAGAGCUUCAGUACGUGGACUCGGAUGUUGAAGAUAACCUGGAACAACUUGCUAAUAAAAAACAAAACGAUGAGGCUGUAGCCCUCACUGAGCAAAGGAAAAAUAAUAAAGAUUCUGAUGGUCUGGGAAAUGGUCAGCUAAUCUUCAUGAUCGGAAAUGGUAUGGGGAUGUUCCAAAUUGUGGCAUCCAAUGGUGCAGAUGAAGGAACUGCAUGCCGUGUUCAUGGGAAGUUUCCUGUUCGAAAAGGAAAAGAGGAAAAAAUAACUAUUUCUAUCGGAACAUCUCUUGGGCUUGGAGUAUUCGCACAUUUGUUGACAUCGAUAUCAACUUUAUGGCAGCCAAGACAUUUAUCGUUACUUCAUAAAGAUUGUCCCCACAAAAAUUUAUCACGGUAUAUUUGGACGAUUCACUAUGGCUUAUCAAUACUCUGUCACGUUCUUGGUAAGUUGUCGCCUAAAGGACAAUACCAUCGGAUAAAACAUCCAUUACAGAAAAAGAAGUUAAAUGAGGGUGAACAUAGCCAUGGUGGCAUUCUUUUCGAAUAUGAGUUUUGCGCCAAUGUUAUAGAGAUUAGGGAGGCUUACAGGUCGAUUAUUACUCUUCUAGUACGUCUGUGUGCGAUAGUUGGAGGCGUUUUCGCGACUAGCCGAAUUGUCAAUAACGUGAUCCAGCAAAUUCUUAGUCUUUUACCUUGGGCUACAAUCUCAACGACUGCAUCUUAUGUAGAAAAGACCACACUGUUGAAUACCGAAACAGUGGCGCGCUAG